AUGAUAUAUUAUAAAAUACGAAUCGUUAAUAUCUUCCUAAUCAUCAGCUUCUGUAGUGCAACACCAGCAGAUAGUUCAUGUAGUUUUGAACACCCAACCAAAAGUAUUAUUAAUCUGGCAUCGGUUGGUUUAAGAAAUGGUCAAUCUCACUAUCGUGAUUUAUCAUCCCCUUCGGGUUCUUAUUAUACGUAUUCAUUCAAUCCAUGUUAUCCAUUUGUAGAAAGUCAUUGUUAUAAUGCAGCUGUUUGUCAAAUUGAUAACACUAGUAAUACAAGUUAUACCAUUGGAUUGCACGAAUAUGCUUAUUUGGUAAAUAUGAACGGUACAAAAAAUCCUAUUUCAUGGAGUGUUUAUCUGUCGCCACAUAACAAUCGACAUUUAUAUGUACAACUUAUUUGUAAUCGAUCGAUGUCAUCUCAUUGUCUUCAAGUACUGGGUGAAAUGUCGAUUGAUGAAUAUGUCAUGAAAUUAUCAAGCCCUUACGCAUGUCGAGAUGGAUGUGUCAAAUCAACACCACCUCCGGGAUCGUUUAAUUGGCAUUUUUGA